CUUGUAUUUUUUUACAUAUACUUUUGGUGUCGGUCCUGUACAUAACCCCUUCGUUGAAACUCUCACGUUGAACAAUUGAACAAAUACACAGUACGAUUUUACAUAUAAGUUGGACAAAUCCUUUAGAUAAAUUUUCUGUAUUCGUUAAAUCUUUUAACAGGUUUUUCUUUUAGGCUUUUUUUUUAGUUUUUGUUCUUUGAGAUCAAUUGUCUUUCCUAAGUUCAAUACAUUCCAUUCUUUUUUAGAUACCCUUAAUACAAUGAAAGGUUUAAUUUUAGUCGGUGGUUACGGUACCCGUUUAAGACCUUUAACUUUAACUUUACCAAAGCCUUUGGUUGAAUUUGGUAACAGACCAAUGAUUUUACAUCAAAUCGAAGCCUUAGCUGCUGCUGGUGUAACUGAUAUUGUCUUAGCUGUCAACUAUAGACCAGAAGUUAUGGUUUCUACUUUAAAGAAAUAUGAAGAAGAAUAUGGUGUUUCAAUCACUUUUUCAGUUGAAGAAGAACCUUUGGGAACUGCUGGUCCAUUAAAAUUAGCUGAAUCUGUUUUAAAGAAAGAUAACUCUCCUUUCUUUGUCUUAAAUUCUGAUGUCAUCUGUGAUUAUCCAUUCCAAGAAUUAGCUGAUUUCCAUAAAGCUCAUGGUGGUGCUGGUACCAUUGUUGCAACCAAGGUUGAUGAACCAUCUAAAUAUGGUGUUAUUGUUCAUGACAGAGACACUCCAAACUUAAUUGAUAGAUUCGUUGAAAAGCCUGUUGAAUUCGUUGGUAACAGAAUCAAUGCUGGUUUAUAUAUUUUAAACCCAUCUGUCAUUGAUUUAAUUGAUUUAAAACCAACUUCUAUUGAAAAGGAAACUUUCCCAAUUUUAGUCGAACAAAGAUCUUUAUACUCCUUUGAUUUAGAAGGUUACUGGAUGGAUGUUGGACAACCAAAGGAUUUCCUUUCUGGUACAUGUUUGUAUUUAACUUCUUUAUCUAAGAAGUCCCCAGAAAAAUUAUCUCAUGAAAAAUUCGUUCAUGGUGGUAAUGUCUUAAUUGAUCCAACUGCUAAAAUUCAUCCAUCUGCUUUAAUUGGUCCAAAUGUCACCAUUGGUCCAAAUGUUGUUGUUGGUGAAGGUGCUAGAAUCCAAAGAUCUGUUUUAUUAGCUAACUCUGAAGUUAAGGAUCACGCUUGGGUUAAAUCUACCAUUGUUGGAUGGAACUCAAGAAUUGGUAAAUGGGCUAGAACUGAAGGUGUUACUGUUUUAGGUGAUGACGUUGAAAUUAAGAACGAAAUUUACGUUAAUGGUGCUAAAGUCUUACCUCACAAAUCCAUUUCUACUAACGUUGAAAAGGAAUCAAUUAUUAUGUAAACAUAUAUACUUACUAACUACUAUUAAUUCAUAUUAUUGGGGAGGGUUUUAAAUUUAUAACUAUUAAUGACUUCAAUUUUUUUCAUUUUUCAUAAUUCUAUUCUUCUAAUUAGUUGAUCUAUUUC